UGUGGACGGACGUAUUUUGUAAAAAGUGAUCUGUUAAAAAAUAAAAGUAAUUACAAUUGCAAUUAAUACGCGUUUUUGCUUAAAGUGAAGAGUGAUUAUAAACAAAUAUACAUAAUAUUUUUUUUAAUUAUUUAUGUACAUACAUCUAUAAUUUUUUUCGGAAGCCACAUAAAGAUGGAAUCUUCAGAAACCGAUGAAUCUACAGUGGCUGAUCAUGAUUUGUACCUCCUCUUACAGGAUUGGAACCUUAAACAUUUUUAUAACCAUUUUAUUGACCAUCAUAUUACGAUCAAGGUAUUAAAAAUACUCAAACCAAAACAUAUUGAUAUGCUUUUUUAUGGUCUUCCUAUCGGUGAUAUGGUAACAUUUGAAGAUGAAUUUGAAAAAUGGAAAAAGACGCAUAUUGAUGAAAGUACUAAUUUAGAAAAACCAAGAUGUUUUAACCAACAACAAUUUGUUUCCGUUAAUACUAUUCUCCAAGAUACUGAAAACGGCAAACAAAUUUUAAAAUAUUAUGAAAAGAAUAAAAUUCUUCAUGAGGGUCAUCGCAAUUUACUUAUUGACACGAUUUCCAAAUAUAUAGAAGCAAAGGGUUAUAAAUUAUCAAUUUCGCAAUGUGCUGAUUUGGAGAAGGAAAUCUGUAAAAUUUUUCCUUCAGAAGAAUUGGAAUAUUAUAAUACUGGGAAAAGAGGUAAACUUUACAACAAGAUAUUUAAUUUAAAACGACUAUCAAAAGGUAUUUUCAAGUCUGAAGAAGAAUCUGACACUAACUUGCGUGAUGAAUUAGUUCCGGAAAAAGAUUCCAGUUUCGCUAUUCAAAUUCUUCGAAGUGGACACUAUAGUAACGAUGAAAUGGACUUAUAUUGGAGGAAAUGUUAUCAAUGUAGAUUUAAGCAAAUUAAGGAAUCAAAGUCUACAUCCGAGAUCUUAAAAUUAUGGCCUGAAUACAUCAAACCUUCCGGAUAUACAUUAAUUGACAUCGAUUUUGGUCUUAAGUAUCCACAAGCUAAAGACAUGAAAACUAAGUGGGUUUUAACGGAAAGUAAAUUGUUGCAUCUGCUUCAGUCUAAAGUACCCAAUGUUACCGUUUCAAAAAUGCUAACAAAUUUAAAGUCGUGCGAUAGUGAAUCGAGGAUAUUUUCUAUUCUAUAUUGCCUACAUUAUUUGUUUCCACCUCAGCAGAAAGUAGUUACAGACAAAGCCGGAGCCAAAAUCAGAAAAAAGUUUACCGUAACAGAUUCCCAAGAUUCGUUUGCCAUAGUUGCAGAAACCAAAGAGGAACUGGAUAUGAAAUUAAAACUCCUUAAACUUCAAAAAUGUAACAUCCAACCAAGGUUGCUAAUUCUUGGUGAAAUUGCAAAUGUUAAAGAAAUUUUUGUUUAUUUUGAUGAAAUUAAAUAUCCAAUGGUACAAAUAAUCACCGCUGUAGAUAUUCUAUUUAAAAUAUUCUUUGUGUUUAACUUGGAGUUUCCUAUAGAAUCUGAUUUAUUUUAUAAUUUUAUGCAACAAUUUUUUUAUGAAAUUAAUUCAGAAAAGAAAUAUUCAAAAGUAUUCACUGUAAUUAAUGAAAUACUUAAUUUAAAAGAAUAAUGCAAAACUAUAAAACAUUGUUUACAACUUAAAAAUUGAUUAUUUAUGUUCC